AUGGAUUCUCGCUCGUCGUCCGUCGUCGCCGAGUCUCCCGACGACGAUUCCGCCUCGCCAAUCCAUUCGCUCUCCGACGACCUUCUCACCUCCAUCCUCCGCCUAGUCCUCUCCGCCAAUCCCACCGCAUCCGAUACAAGCACAUCCGAUAUAAGCACUGGCGAUUCUCGCACACCGUACCAAGCGGUUCUGGUCUGCAAGCGCUGGUCCCGCGUCGCGCCUCUCGCGCUCACCUCCCUCACAGUCCUCUCCGCGUCUUCCGCCGCCUCCCCCGCCGCCUCCUUUUCCCCCAAACGCGAGCUGCUCUGUCGCCGUCUCGAGCAAGCGCUGCGCAAGUUUCCGAACCUAACUCGCCUGCACCUCGACAGCCACACGAUCGACUUCAUCGACGAUCGUUUCCUGCGCGCCCUAGGCUCGGCAUGCCCGAACCUGACGUACCUCUUCCUCGGCAAGGUUCGGCUGCCGGUUCGGCCGCCGCUCGUCGACGCGGUGAGCGAGGCGGGCCUCGCGAGCGUGUUUCGCGGUUGCCGGCGGCUCGAGCACGUGAGCGUGCACUGCGCGCCGAACAUAAAAUCCCUCCCCGCGUCGCUCCUCGAUCUCUCCGCGCUGCGCCGGCUGCAGCUCGAAGCGCCGAGCCUCAAGCUCUUCCCGGAAGUCUCCCGGGGGAGAUUAAGUACGCUCCGCGAUUUGCGGCUGCUGUCGUGCAACGCGCUGCCGUGCCUGCCGGACUCUCUAGGCGACCUCGCGGGCCUCACGCAUCUGCGCAUCGAGAAAUCCGACAAUCUCGAGCAGCUGCCGGACUCGUUAUGCGACUUGCAGCUGCUCGACGUCCUCGUUAUAAGCUCCUGCUACUGGCUCACGUCGCUGCCCGACGAUCUCGGGCAGCUGCCGUGCUUGCGCGUGCUCGAACUGGACGGCUGCGGAGGAUUGCUCGAAUUGCCCUGCUCGCUCCCGCAGCUCCACUCCCUCGAACGACUCGUUAUAAGCCGAUGCGGUAACCUUACAUUGCUUCCCGAAGACAUUGGGCAGUUACCACUCUUGCGCGAAUUGGAAAUCAGCAAGUGCCAUCGCCUCGUAGGCCUCCCGCCAUCCCUGCCCGACCUAGCCCAGCUCGAGUUCCUGGAAGUUUCCGACUGCACGCGUUUAGAGUCUCUCCCGGACGAUCUAGGCCGUCUAUCCGUUCUUAAAACCCUGCGCCUCGCCUCGCUCCCUAAUCUCUCGUCUCUGCCCGAAACCCUAGACCAGCUGACCUGUCUGCUAGAGCUCCAAUUAGAAGACAUUGACAAUCUUUUGGGCCUGCCCGACCCGGUAACGAGCCUCGGGCAGCUGGAAAAGCUCGUUCUGGGGCUGUCCUGCUCGCCGAGCCUGCCCGAAUCCGUAGGCGCGCUGAGCCGUUUGAAAGAGCUGCAGCUGCGGCACUGUAAGGGGUUAACGAGUCUGCCUGUAGCGAUGCGCGCGAUGACGCGGCUGGAGCUGCUGGUGGUGGAGGAGUGCUGCGAGCUGGUGGCUCUGCGCCUGCCGGAAGUAGAGGGUGUGAGUGCGAAUGGGAGGGAGGGAGGAAGAGAGGGAGGAGGACAAGCUGUGCACGCAGGAUCAGGAUUCGGACGGGAAGGAUGGGCAGCUGAACAGCAGGGGGAAAGGCAGCAGCAGCAGGGGCAGAACCGGGGGCAGCAGGGUCAGCAGGGACAGCAGAUGCAAGAGCAUCAGGGUCAGCAGGGUCAGGAGGUUGGGGGGUUGGAUGCGGCAGGAGAAUCAGGCUCAGCACCGCUCUCAACCACUCUUACUGACGGACUCAGCCGUCUCACCCUCAUGACGAAACCUCCUCAUCCCUCCUCUCCCUCUCUCCCCGCUUGCACCUCCGCCCUCCCCCUGUCCUCCUCGGCCCGCCUCCGCUCCCUCGUUCUCGUAGGCUGCGCGUCCCUGCGCGCCCUCCCCGCGUCCCUGACUGCCCUGGCUGAGCUAGAACGGCUGGUGGUAACCAGGUGCACCGCGUUACAGUGGGCGCCUGGGAACGUGGCGCGGAUGCAGGGGCUGCGGGAGUUGAGGCUGGAUGGGUGCAGAACGGUUCUGCUGCCGCCGUCGCUGGCGUGCUUGGGGCGGCUGGAGAGGCUGAUUGUAGUGAGUAAUGGGUGUAGUGGGAGCGGCGUGGGGCCGGGGGUCGAUGUGGGGGAGGAAAUGGGGGUGACGAUGGGGGACAUGAAUGGUAGCAUGGAUGGCGGCAGCAGCAGCAGCAGCAGCGGCAGCAGCAGCAGCGGAUGUGUUACAACCAAGGAAGGUGCUGCUGAUAGUCCAACCGAUUGCCCCUCUUCUACCCACGAGCCCUUCUCCUCCUUCCCCGCGCCGCCCCUCGCUCUCCCCCCCGGCAUGGGCCAGCUGGCGCAGCUGAGGGAGCUGGAGGUGAGCGGCUUUGACUCCCUCUCCGCCCUGCCGCCCUCCCUCGCCUCUCUCUCCCGCCUCACCCGCCUCUGCCUCACUGGGUGCAUCAAGCUCGCCUCUCUGCCUGACCUCCCAUGUGGUGCGGUUGCUGCUGGUACUGAUUCCUCUUGCUGCUGUGGUUGCCCCUCCUCCUCCUCCUCCUGCUCCUCCUCCUCCUUCAAAACCCCUUCUCCCACUGCCCCCAAAGAUCUCAUUCCCGCCCAGUUCUCUUCUCGCUCCGAAAACGUUAGCCUGUCGCAUUCCUGUCGCUCAAAGUCGCCUGCUGUCGCCGCGCGCAUGCGGUCGUCGCUUGCGCGUUUCUCCCCGGCCCGCCUGCCGCCGGGCGUGGCGAGGGUGGCGCUGGGGGUGGCGUGGGUGGCGGGAUGGGCGGGGCUGUGCGCGUGGGUGGUGUGGUUCGCGCACUCGCAGGCCGCCAAUCCGCGGCAGGAGGCGAUGCGAGCGUGGUGUCGCACGCGCGUGCGAUACAUCCAGCAGGACAUGCGAUCGUCCGUCGCCCGCGCGCAGGUAAGGCGAUCAGCCCAACGCGAUGCCCCUCUCGCAGUGCGCAGGUGGGAGCGCCUCAUCGCACUGAUGCGCGCAUGCCAUCCGCGCAGGGCCGCCCAUCCGCGCAGGUCAACCCAUCCGCGCUUGUCCGCCCAUCCGCGCAGUUGGUGGUGCCGCAUCGGGGGUUUUACUCCUGACAGGUGGGCAGCAGGUGGACAGCAGGUGGGAAGCAGGUGGGGAGCAGGUGGGCAGCAGGUGGGCAGCAGGUGGGCAGCAGGUGGGGAGCAGGUGGGGAGCAGGUGGGCAGCAGGUGGGCAGCAGGUGGGCAGCAGGUGGGGAGCAGGUGGGGAGCAGGUGGUCAGCAGGUGGGGAGCAGGUGGGGAGCAGGUGGGCAGCAGGUGGGGAGCAGGUGGGGAGCAGGUGGGGAGCAGGUGGGCAGCAGGUGGGGAGCAGGUGGGGAGCAGGUGGGCAGCAGGUUUGGAGCAGGUGGGGAGCACGUGGGCAGCAGGUGGGCAGCAGGUGGGGAGCAGGUGGGAAGCAGGUGGGGAGCAGGUGGGGAGCAGGUGGGGAGCAGGUGGGGAGCAGGUGGGCAGCAGGUGGGGAGCAGGUGGGGAGCAGGUGGGCAGCAGGUGGGGAGCAGGUGGGGAGCAGGUGGGUGCACAGGUGGGUGCACAGGUGGGUGCACAGGUGGGUGCACAGGUGGGUGCACAGCUAACCCUUGCCCCUCCGCUCUCCAUCAUUUUUCACCCACCCCCCCCUUCCAUCUCUCCCCAACCCCCCUUAUCUCCCCCUAUUGCUCCCACACAUGCCCUCCUCCUGUGCUCCUUCACUCUUCUUCUCCCGCACUCUUCUCCUGCUGCACCUCCUUCCCUCUCCCGCACGCACACUCUUCUUCCCUCGCCUGAACCUCCUUCCUUUACCCCCCCCCUCCCCUUCUCAAGCCGCGGGCCAUUUCCAUUCCACACCCCUCUCACUCCUGCCCUUCUAUUGGAGGCAGUCGGGCUGGUGAAGGUGUGGGCGCACUUUGGGCCGCGCAGCAGCAGCAACCUGAGCUACUGGGGGCUGGCGGGGUGCGUGAACAACAACUCCAUUCUGGCGUACUCCAUACAAUCUGACAUAAUCCUCAACUACAGCAGCGGCACCGUCAUCAUGCUCCUCUCUGACCAGGACAGGCCACUGGUGGAGAACAUCACGGGGUUUCAGAUCCGCUCAGUGCUGGGCCUGCCCGUCCCGAGGAAGGAUCUGUACGGAGUGAACUUGUGCGGCAGCAUCAACCCCGAAGUUUCCCUGCAGCCCUUCACGGACUUGGCUCCCCUCGUCCCUCCGGUCCUCAUGGACAACCUGUUCAAAGGACGACCCACCGCCGGGCCUCCUCUCUCCGUUGACUAUGUGAUGAAUGCCUUCGUUGUGCCCAUCUUCCGCCAUCCUCUGCCAGCCAACCCAUCUUCACAGCAAAUUCGAGACGCGAUGAACAUUGCAUAUGGCGGUGUGUUUCAUCUCGAGGAUAGGACUCGUGAAAUACUGCAAAUGCUUGAGAAUGGCAGCAGCACAUACUCCUUCGCCAUGUGCGACAGCACGGACAGCCCGGGCGAGCUGAGCUGA